GGCGCGCGCGGCGCAGAGCGGCCCGCGGAGGCGUGGCCAUGGAGGCGGCGCGGCGCUGGGCGCGGGCGCUGCUGCGGGGCGCGGUGCCGGUAGCGGCCGGGCUGCUGCUGUGGGUGGCGGUGGGCGCGGGCGAGGAGCGGCGCCAGCAGACGCUGAAGGCGCUGCCCGAGGUGAGCCCCGAGCUCCUGGCGCAGCGGCGGCGGCAGAACGAGCUGGUGAUGGCGGCGCUGCGGGAGGCGGCCGAGACCGACGAGAACGUGGCGCGGCGGCCGGUGCCGUGGCGGAAGUAACGGCGGCGCACCGGGACAAUCCCUC